AUGCGUCACUGGCAGCGGACGCUCAAGCAGCCGCUCCGCUUCGCCGGUGUCGGUCUGCACACGGGCGAGCAAAUGUCCGUCUGCGUUCUCCCAGCGCCGACCGGUUCGGGUAUCGUCUGCCGCUCCACUGUCGUCCCGCGCGCGCCAUUUCCAGCGCUGAUCGCGAACGUCAGCACUGCCGCCAGUCAGCUGUGCACUCAGCUCGCAGCCAACGGGUGGAGCGUCUCGACUCCCGAGCACCUCAUGGCAGCGCUCGUGGCCUCUCGAGUCUCGAAUGCGUUCGUCGACGUUGACAGCCCCAGCACACGUCCGGUCGCAAGAGUCGAAGUGCCAGUGCUGGACGGGAGCAGUGCUGAGUACAUGGCCGCUAUUCAGAGCGUGGGCGUCGAGGCCCAAGAAGGGGCCGCGCUCACGUACCUCUGCAUUAAGCGGCCAGUGCACGUGUUCCAGAACGACAGAAAAGUCGCGUGCUUCUUGCCACUGCCAAUUGACGGACGAGCUCCGACUUUGCACCUCUCGGUGCACGUGGAGUUCGAGCACAAGCAAUUGCGCCCGACGCUGUGUCGCUUUACUUUGGAUGCAGAUCCCGAAGUGACAAUGGGCGCGUUCCAUCGCGAGAUCGCACCGGCCAGGACGUUCACGUUCGAAGACGAGAUCGAGUGGCUCCGAGCGAAUGGCUUGGCACGUGGUGGAUCGCUCGACAAUGCCGUCGUCUUCUCAAGCCAACAACAGCGAGAGGACUCACGACCGAAUGUUCUGAAUGCAGGUGGGCUACGCUUCUCGGACGAAUGGACGCGCCAUAAGAUGCUUGACUGCAUUGGCGACAUUGGCCUUGCAGGUCUUCCCCUGCACGGAUACUUUUAUGCUUCAAGACCGGGCCAUGCGUUGACCCAUGCAUUGCUACGGCAAUUGUUCAAAGAUCCUGAAAACUAUGCGGAAAUGUCGUAG